CGUCAGUGUGUCUGUCUGUCUGUCUGUCUUCCUCCACGUCUGUGUGUGUACAUCCGUCCCCCCUCUCUCGUUCUCCCUCUCUCUAUCUCUCUCUCUCGCUCUCUCUCUCUCUCUCUCUCUCUCUGUAGUGAAAGCGAGCUCAGUGUAUUUGUUUAUUUGGAGACUGCUGUAGACUAACUGCAGCUGUCUAUGCCGGUCUUUGCUCCGGCUGAGCGCCGCGCUGAUGUGAAAGUGGAGCCCGGGGAAGGGAGCAGCUUGCCGGUGGAGCUGAGCUAGCCUGGCCGCUGAACGAGGCGCCGCGAUGGGCUCGGACAUGCUGCACGACUGCCUCCGUGGCCGGUGGAUGGCGAGGCUCAGCAGUAUGGAGAUAGAUUCCCGCUUUCGUUACUACUUCCAGCAUCCAUGGUCUCGCUUGGUUGUGGCCUACCUCGUCACCUUCUUUAACUUCCUCAUCUUCGCUGAGGACCCUGUGUCCCACAGCCAGACAGAGGCACACAUGAUAGUGGUUGGAAACUGCUUCUCCUUCAUUGUGAAUAAAUACCCAGGAGGAGGGUGGAAUGUCCUGAAAGUCCUGAUGUGGAUUCUGGCAAUCUUCACGGGCCUCGUUGCUGGGAAGUUCUUCUUCCAUCGAAGGAUAUUUGGCCGGUACCUGCGUCUAAAGAUGUUCCGUGAGGACCACGGUUCCUGGAUGACGAUGUUCUUCAGCACUAUCCUCUUCCUUUUCAUCUUUUCUCACAUCUACAACCUGUUAUUGCUUAUGACUGGUGGCAUGGGUCCUCACAUGGUUACAGAGUACAUGGGCAUAAGGAAUGAGAGCUUUAUGAAAAUGGCUGCAGUUGGUACGUGGAUGGGAGACUUUGUGACUGCAUGGAUGGUGACGGACAUGAUGCUGCAAGACUCUCUGUAUCCAGACUGGGGACAAACCGCCCGUCGCUUUUGGAAGAAGGGCAACAACAGAAUUGUGCUGUUCUGGACAGUGUUGAUCUCUCUAACGUCUGUAGUGGUAUUGGUCAUCAGUACAGAUUGGAUCAGUUGGGAUAAUCUGAACCGUGGGUUUCUACCGAGUGACGAAGUCUCCCGAGCGUUCCUCGCCUCCUUCAUUCUUGUCUUCGACCUCCUCAUUGUCAUGCAGGACUGGGAGUUUCCUCACUUCAUGGGGGAUUUGGAUAUGAAUCUGCCUGGUCUCUCCACGACCCAACUAAAAUUUAAACUACCCGUCUGCAAGCGGAUCUUUAAGGAGGAGUAUCACAUACACAUCACAGGUAAAUGGUUCAAUUAUGGGAUCAUCUUCUUGGUGCUCAUUCUUGACCUCAACAUGUGGAAGAACCAGAUUUUCUACAAGCCCUACGAGUACGGGCAGUACGUCGGCCCCGGGGAGAAGAUUUAUACCGUGGAGGAGCCGGACACUCUCAGCAACUUCAACCGUAGCACGCUGACCUGGGAGUGGCGCUCCACUAACAUAGACCCGCGCACCAACCGAACCUACAUCCACAGGGACAUGUUCCUCCACAGCCGCUACAUCGGCACCAGCCUGGACGUGAAGUGCUUGGCCUUCAUUCCGAGCCUGGCUGCGUUUGUUCUCUUCGGCUUCUUCAUCUGGCUUUUUGGACGCUUCCAGGACAGCGAGACCUUUCCGGAGAGCCAGGACAAAACGUACGAGCGCAUCAAGCGUAAAUCACCCUCCGAUUUGGGCGUCACGCCAGAGGAAGUUCACGUGUCCAUGUGCGAGACUCUGAAAAGGACUGGGGCUCCCAUGCUGCUGCUAGUUGACGCCCACCACUUCGGUUCCUCCACUAACUCCAUAUCGCCCUGUUCUAAUGAGACCCAGGAGACGCAGCCUAGCAUUUCAGUGGAUAAAGCAGCAUGUCCGGGAGCUGCCGAUGUCGACAAACUGUCCCCGUGAUUCUGUAGCUCUAAACAAGGCUAACUCAGACUAAUAAAGGUGAGGGAUACUUCUACUGACCUCCUCCAACUCCUGCUUUGCCUUUGUGGUGUUGUCAGAGAUGACUGACUGUCUCCAGCUUCGAGCCUCCAGCCUCCAAAGAGAUCUCGUAAUUGGCCUGGAAACCUUCAGAGGACUGUCUGUUCGUCUUUUAAACCAGAACAGAGGGAAGCAAACAGAAUCAAGAAAAAAACCCAGAGUGGUGGUGUCUUUUUUACAUUUUAUUAAAAAAUCACCAAGACAUUUGUGGCACCACAGUUCAUCACCCUUCUCAUCCAAGAUCAGUAUUGUAAAUGAUCCGGUGGUGCUUAACACUUUAUUUUUUCUACUGUCUUUUUUAUCGAGCUAUUUUGGUGCCUACAUGGAAAUCCUAUUUAUAUACUACAGUAUGUACGUAUGCAUGGCAAAAUGGUCAUGAUAAAUUAUCUUCAGAGAACGCUGUGCCUUCACUUAAGUCCAUUCACGGACACAAAAUUCAAAAGUCUUUUAAGACGUCAUACACAAUGUUCUUAUACUACUAAUUCAUUUGUAAACAUUUUGUAAACAUCUUCUGAGACAGAAGGCCUAUUCACACCAAAUUCAAUUUUUUUUAUGGAUGAAAAAACACAAAAGCAAGUUUAAAAAGCUUUUUUUCUGCAUUGUUGGAACAUCAGGAUGACCAAUCCUGAGCCCUGUUCUAACAGUUACAGACCAAACGAAUGAGCAUCAAGAUCUUUUUCAUAGCAAAACACGUGUAUUAUCUUUGCUUUAACUUUAUGUUUUUAUUGUCCUGUGGGUUUCUUGUCCUUUUACACAGUUGUCCUAUACAAAUACAUUACUGGUCAAAGGUUUUAAAACACCCAUAUUUUUCUGUUGUCCAGUAUCAGUACUGUAUGACCCUGAUAAUCUGCUUUUUAUUUUCUCAUCUUAGCAAUGAUUUUAUUACUGCACUACUUCACCUGUCAGACCUCUAAUUCUUCUCUUCACAGCUAAAACUACUGAGACUUAGUCCAGUGUUAGGCUGAGCUAAAGGAGUUGCCAUGUAGGUCAGCCAGACCUCUUCCUGUAUCAGUUUUAUGAGUCAACAUCUUCUGAAGGUGUAGGAAACAGUACUCCCUGCUUUCUGGCUUUAUCUUUGAUUUCUCAAAAGAAAAGACUUGUACUUUUAAUAGUUACAGAGUUCUCUGUGGCAUUUUCUCUCUACAUCACUUUUAGUGUGGCAUCAGUCAGCAAAGGCAUCUUUUAGCUGAUGCAUCAGAGCUGCGUUGCAGUGCUUACCUCAGAGCGCACUGGCUAUGCUUUAAUGCAUAUGCUAAUCAGCAGCAGGUGGUGGCUGUCUUUACGAGUGUCAAAGGAGGCAUGUGCUACUCUUCCCUCUCCUAUAGUUGGGGCAUUAUUUGUUUUGGGGGGAGUGGGUGGGGUAAUUGACCUUCCAAAAAUGGGAUAAUGAGAAAAUGGGAUAAAAUAAAGACUUUUUUAAGAAUAUUUUUAGUGUAAAUGAAAAUGUGAAGAGAGUAAAAGGAAUGAGUAGAAAUGUAUAAGAACUAUGAGUGUUUGUCUUUGUUUACAGAUCACAGAAGGCAAACCUCUAUUAGGGUUGGUGUGAAAACUGGAUGAUAUCCAGUGUAGUUUUUUUUUUUUUA